GAGUGUGUGUGCUUGGGUGUGAACAGGGUGACGACUUCAGAGAGCCACAGAGGAAAAAAAGAAAACUCCCCUGAAGACUGAAAACCUGAGCGAGCAGCAACAGGCAGCUCAUUCGUCCAGGUCGCACUGAACAACAUGGAUCCAGACAAGAAAACCUCGACUCUGAGAGAAGGAUUCCUGGUGAAGAGGGGUCACGUUGUACACAACUGGAAGGCGCGCUGGUUUGUGUUGAUGCCAGACAAGCUGCUGUAUUACAAGUACGAGGGAGGGAAAAGAGACUCGUGUCAGCGAGGGAAGAUCCUGCUGAAGGACUGUGUGCUGACUUGUCCUUUUCUGGACUGUGAAAAUCGGCCGCUGGUGUUCAAGCUCCAGACAGUAAACGGAGUGGAUCAUUUCCUGGAGGCUUGUUCCCGAGAGGAGCGGGACGAGUGGGCAGCUGACAUCACGGCUGCCGUCGACCGGCUGCGGGCGGCUGAUGGUGGGAAGAUGACGAACCAGGAAGAGCCUGAUGGUUCCCAGUUACACAACAUUGAUCUCAGCAAAGUGUUGGACUCCAUGUACGACGUCCACAGUGGAAUGAAGAUGAGCACUCACGUGGAGCAGGGCAGCAGCUACAGCAACUGUUUCUCAGGUUCAGCCGUGGUGGACUGGCUGGUGUUCAUGCAGCUGGUUCUGACCCGUGUGGAGGCCGUGACGCUGGCCUCCGCCCUGCUGGAGGAGGGUUUCCUGCGCACGGUCGGCCUGAAGAGCGUGGAGGCCCUGCGCACCGCCGGGCUCAGCGAGCAGUUCAUGGACGACUCCACCGCUCUGUACAGCUUCUCUGAAAACUUAAAGAAGAGAGGCAGCGUGAAGGCGGAGACGUCGCUGUCUGCAGUGGAGCUGAGCGGGAAAGUGAUAAAGAGAGGAUUUCUGCUGAAACAGGGACACAGGAGGAAGAACUGGAAGGUGCGACUGUUUGUGCUGCGUUCAGAACCUGCGUUCCUUCACUACUACGAUCCCACCAAGGAUGACCUCAGCCCGGCGGGCGGCUUCUCACUGCGCAGCUGUCUGGUGUCUUCUCUGGACGAUAACGGCGUUCCCUCAGGUGUGAAAGGAAACAUUCAGGGAAACCUGUUUAAAAUCAUCACUCACUCAGACACACAUUACUUCAUCCAGGCUCCGACGCAGCAGGAGAAGAUGGACUGGAUCGACGCCAUCAGAGAGCAGACGUGAAGCAGCAGCUUCCUGUUCUGACGGAGAGUCCAUUUACACAUUCCAUGAAUGUACCGUAGCAACAGGGAGGGAGCAUGCGAUCGAAAUGAACGUGGCAGCGGUUACGUAACAUUCCUGAUUCUGUGUUUUAAAGUUUCUACCAGGACGAUUUAACUGCUUUUAAAAACUGUGGCAUUUCUCUUGUGACAUAUUCAGUUUAAUGUAAAUGGGUUUUUUUUUUUUUAAUGUGUUUUACAUGAUUUCUUCAACAUUAAAUAUAAACAUAAACAGCUUGAUACGUCUCCACACUCAGUGCUGCAGAAAUCAUUUACUCCAGUACUGAGCCACGGCUUUGAGGUGCUUGCUACUUCUGACAGUGAAAAUAACUCGUUCAUUUUCAGAUGAAGUGAUUUUGAUUUA